UACCCGGAUGUGUGUCAGAUUGCAGCUGUUGGUUGAAAUAGGCGGUAACGGCCUCUUCAAGUGAAGGCGAAGCUUUGCUGGGAUAAGUUUGGAUUCAACUUUACUGAAAAAUAUUGAUACCAUGGCCAUUUUUGUGCUGGUCUGUAGUCUUCUUGCAUUCGCCUCGUUAUCGUCGACAUCAGUACUGGUAGAACCGGAAAAGGAAGUCAGCAGCAGUGAGUUCGCUGUACCAGGAGUACAAGAAAGUUCAUCGGAGGAACAAGAUAAUUCCCCGGAAGUGGGAACAUUGAACGGAAAAGUUCGUGGAUUUACUGAAAAUAUUGAUGGAACGGAAGUACAAACCUUCCUUGGAAUACCAUUCGCGGCUCCACCUAUCGGCGCUCUUCGCUUCAAACGACCAGUGGCGGUCGCAAGUUGGACGGAAACUGUUCAAGCUAAAUCUCCUUCCGCUUCCUGUCCACAAAUACCUUCCAAUGUAUUUCCAGGAAACCCAGGGGAGGCGAUGUGGAACCCGAACACAGAACUCAGUGAGGAUUGUCUAUACUUAAAUGUCUGGAUGCCGUCUUCAACGAAAACAUCGAAGCCUGACAAACUAGCCACGAUGGUUUGGAUCUACGGGGGUAGUUUUUAUUCAGGUAGUUCCUCAUUAGAUGUAUAUAAUGGAAAAUACCUGGCAGCAAAACAAAACGUUAUUGUCGUUUCGAUGAAUUAUAGACUCGGUCCUUUGGGAUUCCUAUAUCUCGGGAUAGAUGACGCACCUGGCAACGUGGGACUGCUGGAUCAAACUCUCGCGCUGAAAUGGGUGUACGACAAUAUUGAAAGGUUCGGUGGGGAUCGACACAAGAUUAACCUAUUUGGUGAAAGUGCGGGUUCCGCCAGUGUUCAUUAUCACACACUUUCACAGAAAAGUUUGGGGUAUUUUUCAUCUGCCAUCAUGCAAAGUGGUUCAGCUUUAGCACCGUGGGCUUUCAGUUCGAAAGAGGAAGCGAAUGCGACGGCUCGAAUGUUAGCCAAAGUGGUGAAUUGUGACGGAGGUAACGUAACAAACAUGGUCACAUGUUUACGCGGUAAAAGUUCGGAUGAACUAAUUGAGGCGCAAUUCACUCUUCCCGCCAACUCAACUAUCGUCGGCAUAAUGCUGAGGCCUACAAUCGACGACUAUUUUUUGACCGCAACUCCAUCUAUUUUACUUCCUCAGAACAUCGGCAAAGUUCCAAUGCUGAUGGGCGUAAAUAAAAACGAAUUUUCAUACUUUCUUAAGUACGCCUUUGCCGGGGACACUCACCACGCCGCGGACACGCUCAACCAUGGUCAAUGUGUCAAUAUGUUGCCAAGCGUUAUAGAUUUGGGCCUUCAUAACCUGACACGCGAAUCGAUCAUGCAUGAGUAUGACGUCGACUUCCGGUCUAGAAAGACCCCGUAUGUAAACCUUCUGGAUGAGGCAGCCGGAGAUUUCUAUUUCAAAUGCCCCACUUUGGAUGUAGCUGCGGCUGUAUCACACCAAGAGACCGACACGCCCCCUCCUACGCCGGGCGUAUACGUGUACUCAUUCGAACACCGAACCUCGUCCAAUCCCUGGCCGCUCUGGACCGGUGUGCUACACGGAGACGAAAUUGAAUAUGUGUUCGGAGUGCCACUCAAACAGUGUAGGAACUUCACAGCCGACGAGAUCACACUGUCGGAACGCAUGAUGGAGUAUUGGGCAACAUUCGCCAAAACAGGGAACCCUAAUCCGAUUAACCCCGAACUUGGCGUGGCUGUGUCCGAGUGGCCGGAGUAUCGAGCUGGAGAAGAGCGGUACAUUGUUUUGGACUGUGGUCACCUAAUCAAGACUGGAUCCCACUUCCGGCGCCAUGAGUGUAGGUUCUGGAGCCAUCUGUAUCCGUGUCUACAGCGCGCGGACCAGCAUUGUGAAAACAAAUAGUCAAGAUUUCAGGACUGCAUUUUAGACUCCUGGAAUAUGUUCAGAAAGACAAUCAUGGUGGCGUUUCAUCCCGUAAAGAAGACUUUUAUUGAAGGACUGCCAAACGGAAUACUGAACAAACGCAUAAUGUGUAACAGAAAACUACUGGAUAUAGAUUUCAUUGUAUGCGUUGUACCAUCAGAAAGGUUGCCCAAAGGGACGUGAGAAUUUACAACUGCUAUAUUUUUGGACCCAAGUUAAGACGCUAAGUGUAAUUUUAAACGUUGUAGGGGUUUAGAUCAACUAUCGGUUAAAUGCCACGCCAAAUGAUGGAAACAUAUAUCAUCAUUGGGGUUGUAGUCUUACCGAAAGUUGAUACAAACCCCUAAAACAUGUAAAAUCACUCUGAGCACCUUAGUUUAGGUCCAAAUUUGAUGCUGCACAUUCUCGGGUCCCUGUGAUGGUGCAAACACCUUUGAAGGACCCAGGGGAUCCUUCUCUCACGAUAUUCGUGUUUUUCUUUCGUUUAUUUAUUUGUCCAUUUUUGAUAUUUUUUUAGGCAAGCAAUCAUUGCAAAGGUUGCCCAAUUUCAAACAAUGUUCAGAUGAAAUAGAUCUGAGAAGUAUGAUAUUUUCGUAUGAAAUGCCAUUCUGUCAUUGGCCUACGUUUUAUGUUAUUUAAUUCCCCCAAUUUUGACAUUGCAAAUGUCACCAGAUCAAUUUACAGCAAAGGUCUUGCUCUAAAACUGAUUGUGUGAAUAUUUGUACUUACAUGAUGGAUUCAUUGUUAUUUUAAAGUUACAAAUCUAAUUAUUUAGAACAGGAACGUGUUAUUUACAAAAUGUAUUUUGUUAUAUCUUUUUGGUGUAUAAUUUGUACCGAAAAACCAACCUUUCCAGUUAAAUUAAGGACGCAUGAUACCUUGUUAUGACACAUAUAUCUCUUAUCCAAAGAGUUCCUCACUACCAAACCUAAAAGAUAUAUUAUAUUAAUAGUAAUUUAACUUUGUUGACUAAACAUUUAUGCUUUUUAAAGAUUCGAAAUGAUACCUGCAUUGACAACACUCAGGUAAUCCCUACAAAUAAAGUAAGGGGGAUAACUCUAAUAUAAAUUAAGGUGUAAGGAAGCAUACAUGUUAAUUUUCGUAUUUCAGAACAUUCAUCUAGCCUCUCUGUUUCAUAUAAUUGUAUUUUGUAAAAAUUCAUGCUUAAGAGGAACAUGGAGAAUUGGUUGGUAGGAGACAGAUUACUUGGAUGUUAAGGAGCAGCGGUGUUGAUUGUUAGGGAACAAAGGUGUUGGUUGCUAGGGAACAGCAGUGUUGGUUGGUAGGGUACAGCAGUGAUGGUUGUUAGGGAACAGAAGUGUUGGUUGUUAGGUAACAGCAGUCUUGUUUGCAAGGGAACAGCAGUGUUGGUUGUUAGGGUACAGCAGUGUUGGUUAGUAGGGAACAGCAGUGUUGGUUAGUAGGGCACAGCAGUGUUGGUUGUUAGGGUACAGCAGUGUUGGUUGUUAGGGAACAGCAGUGUUGGUUGUUAGGGUACAGCAGUGUUGGUUGUUAGGGUACCGCAGUGUUGAUUAGUAGGGCACAGCAGUGUUGGUUAGUAGGGCACAGCAUUGUUGGUUGUUAAGGAACAGCAGUGUUGGUUGUUAGGGAACAGCAGUGUUGGUUGUUAGGGUACAGCAGUGUUGAUUAGUAGGUUACAGCAGUGUUGGUUAGUAGGGCACAGCAGUGUUGGUUGUUAAGGAACAGCAGUGUUGGUUGUUAGGGAACAGCAGUGUUGGUUGUUAGGG